AUGGCUUCCUACUCAUACAUAUGGCUGAUCAAUCUUCGAUUGCUGCUGUUACCGUACUCGCUCUGCUUUGACUACAGUAUGGGUUGCAUCCCACCAAUCACUGCUUGGAGUGAUUACCGUGUUUUGUCCUUACCUGCAAUGGCAUUUAUGUUAGUCGUUAACCUUUAUGCCCUUUACAAUUACAAUAAUAGGCUUUUUAUUUUUGGCGCUGUCGUUGGCGGAAUUGGUUUCCUUCCUGCUAGUAAUUUGCUGAUUACUGUUGGAUUCACUGUAGCCGAAAGAGUGCUAUAUCUGCCUUCAGCUGGUUUGUGUAUAAUGGUAGCCGUCGUUUAUGUACGAGCGUCACGAUACUACCGUAACAUGGACAAAAUCUGCUUAGCAGUUCUCGUAAUCGCUAUGAAAAUGACAUACCAGAGAUCUGAGGAGUGGCGCACUGAAUUGGAUCUUUACACCAGUGGCUUAAGGGUCUGCCCAGAAAAUGCAAAGAUCCACUACAAUCUGGGAAAGGUGUUGAGCAAAACAGGAAACGUUGAAGCGGCCGAGCAUGACUAUUGGAAUGCCGUACGCUUGAAUCCAAACUACGAACAUGCUCUAAAUAACCUCGCAAAUGUUCUGGAAUCCAAAGGAAGAAGCGCAGACGCAGAGCAUCUGCUAAAACAAGCCCUUCGUAAAAGACCGACUUUCGCAGUAGCUUGGAUGAAUCUUGGCAUAACCCUGAUGAACCAGGGAAAAUACCAGGAAUCGCUAGAAGCAUACCGGAAAUCUCUGCAACUUCGGCCAAAUAACGUUGAUUGUAUAUUCAAUUUGGGUAACUUGUAUCAACGAUUAGGAAAACCACUGUGUGCAUUAGAAUCAUGGAGUAACGCAACGAGGCUUAAUAGCAACCACAACCAAGCAGUGACCAAUCUAUUGGUGCUACUGGAUGAGCUUGAACGAUGCGAUGAUGUGCUCGAAGCUGCAAAAACUCUACCAGAAACCAUGUUGAGGAACGUGGCUGCAAUAGCAUUUCAAGUGGGCACUUGCCUCGGGAAAAAUGGUAGCUUUGUGGAAGCAGAACGGCAUUUCAAGAGAGUCUUGCAACUUAGUCCUUCGAAUGCUAUGUAUCACGCGAACCUGGGGGUGCUAUACCAACGCUGGGCCCGAUAUGAACUAGCAGAAUACUAUUACCGCAAACAUUGUCACUUGGAAGAAACGAGCAUGUAG